ACGUCCAGGCGGACUGAUCUACCAGCGCAACGAAGGAGGUUCGGUACAUUUCAACAGAAGAUCAGACUAAACAGAAAGGAUGUCUCGAGAGCAAAAGGCAGUGGAGCGUGCCAGAAAGGCCUUUUGUACUGGCCGCUCUAAACCGCUGGAGUACCGCAUCGGUCAGCUCAAGAAUCUGCAGCGCUUUGUAGUGGAGAGGCAGAAGGAAAUCGCAGAUGCUCUCAAAAAAGACCUCAACAAGAGCGAGUUUGGCACCCCACUCUAUGAGACCCUGGGUCUAGAAGGAGAAAUCAACUUGGCCGUGAGCAAGCUAGCCGAGUGGGCUGCCCCUCGACCAGUUACAAAAAACCUGCUGACACUUUCAGAUCAGGUGUACAUUCACCCGGAGCCACUGGGAGUGGUGCUCAUUAUUGGGGCCUGGAACUAUCCAUGGGCUGUCACCCUUCAACCUCUGAUUGGAGCCAUUGCAGCAGGAAAUGCUGCUGUUAUUAAGCCAUCUGAGGUGUGUGUUCACACUUCCAAAGUUAUGGAGGAGCUUCUGCCAUUGUACCUGGACAAGGAACUGUUUCCAGUUGUUACUGGUGGAGUACCAGAGACUCAGGAGCUGCUGAAACAGAGAUUUGAUCACAUCUUCUACACUGGUAACUGCUCAGUCGGCAAAGUGAUCAUGGAAGCAGCCGCAAAACACCUCACCCCUGUCACGCUGGAGUUGGGUGGAAAAAGUCCCUGCUACAUUGAUAAGAACUGUGAUCUUACCAUCGCCUGUCGGCGUAUCGCUUGGGGAAAGUACACAAACUGUGGUCAGACUUGCAUCGCUCCUGACUACAUCCUGUGUGACCCCAGUAUCCAAGACAGAGUUAUUGAGGAAAUCAAAAAGAAUGUGAAGGAAUUCUAUACUGAUGAUGCCAAAACCUGCCCAGACUACGGGCGCAUCAUUAACCAGCGCCACUUUAAGAGAGUGAUGGCAUUGAUGGAAGACAGCACUGUGGCUAUGGGAGGAGAAAAUAAUGAGUCAGAAUGCUAUAUUGCCCCUACAAUCCUAAGGGAUGUAAAACCAGAGGCAAAGGUCAUGCAGGAGGAGAUUUUCGGGCCUCUGCUGCCAAUCCUGACCGUUAAGAGUGUAGAUGAGGCCAUCAAUUUUAUCAACCAAAGAGAGAAACCUCUGGCCCUCUACAUCUUCAGCACAGACAACAAGCUCAUCAAGCGUAUGAUCUCAGAGACUUCUAGUGGAGGUGUCCUGGCUAAUGACUGCUUGGUCCACUUUUCAGUCAACUCUCUGCCUUUUGGUGGUGUUGGAAACAGUGGGAUGGGCUCCUACCAUGGUAGGUUCACCUUUGACCAGCUUAGUCACCUGCGAGGCUGCCUCGUCAAGCAGCUAAAGAUGGAGGGAGUGAACAAUAUGCGCUACCCACCACACACAGCAAAGAAACUCAGCUGGGCUCGCUUCUUCAUCCUCAAACAGGUGGAGAUGGGCAAGCUGGGCCGCCUGGCUCUGUUUGCUCUAAUGAUCGCUGUCGCCGCUGUGAUGAUUCAGAGGUACCUUGCUGACUGAGAGCUCAACGACUGAUCAGGUCAUUGAGUGGCCCUGCUUAUCUGCUGCACCACCUCCCUGCCUUAACCUAAAUGUUUCAACAGACUUUAAACUAGGUCCUUUAAAUCAUGAUUUGUAAGAAUUGUGCAUCUAAUGAAGGAUUUUAGACUAACACUGGUCUUUAAAGGAAGUUAUUGCUAAAAUCAUUUUAAUAUAAAAAAUAAUUGUAAUCUUUAUAUUCAUGGCAGCUGUAAUACAUUUUUAUUCUGUUUAGGACCACUUUUUAUUGAAGGAAAUUUUUUUUUCAUAUUAUUAAUGUAGCAUUAUUCAUCUGCACAUACUGUACGUAUAUAAUAUGGUAUGUUUAUUUUUUAAAAAUCACAACUUAAUUUAAUAUUAUUCUAUGUUAAAUGAUAUUUUUAACAUAAAAAUAAAAAACAUGGUUGUGAAUUGGGUCCAUUAAAGGCAGUAGAGUUUUAGAACUUUGCUCAGAGAAGUGAAAAAUACCUCCAGAACUGCACAUUUAUGUGUUUUUGUCUUUCACAUUGCCACAUUAACUGUUUUAUUGCCUGCUGCCAUUCUUGACCACCAUAGCUUUACACCAAAUUUGCCAAAUUGUGAUUGUGGCAAACCCAAGACUAGUGCUAAUGAUGUCUACAGCCCAUGUAAAAAAAUUGCUGUAUUUAAUAAUUAACCUGGCAACAACACUUGCCAACCUUCACAUGGGCUGCAUUUCAAACUCCAUACUAUGUGUAAUCAUUUAUUUGCAAAGAUCAAACUUGGCGUUUAAAUUGUGCAAUCAGUCUGCAGUUUAUUCCCAGGGCCAGUUUUCAUUGCCAAGGUCUAGUCGGUCCAAAACUGUCCAAUAUGUGUGCUGCUUGACUGGCAUUGCACCCAACCCUUACCGGAGUCACUUUGUUAGGUACAUUAAGCUCCUGGUGACGUACUGAUGAAUUUUACUGAACAAGUGGCCUGGGAUAAAGCUGUAUUAAGCCAUAUAUUUUCAUUUAAUUAUUUAUAUAUCCUUUUCACCAGGAUAAGCAGAUAGAAGAUGAUAGAAAAUAAAAUUUGCUAUAUGAAAACCUGCAAAGAUCAAUACAUCCCCCCACACACACACAACAUUAUCAAUACAGACUAUGUGUAAAACACUAAAUUGUGCAGUACUGUGGCAUUAAAGGACUGAAGUGAACUCUCUGUAGUUCAUGCUUGUUCAUGUCUGUUAAUCAUUUCCGUCAGAGUUUUACUGUUUGUGAGCACAGAGUAUUUGAACAUUUUUCAACAUUUUAGUCCUCCAUUUCAUUAUUUCAAAUAUGUCUGUUAAAACAUCUAAUAAAUCUGUUCAUUUUAAUAAUGUGAAAAGUACUUUUUAUCUGUAAAAAUAAACUAUUUUUUACAGAGA